GCCCGCGACAACCGGACUGAUCUGAUAAACAAUUAGUAGUAUAUCUUUCGUAGUCUGUUGUUGUCGUGUAAAAUAACAAAAUGUAUCGCGGUGUGGUGCGGUUUUUGUUUCGUUCUCUUGUUUAAAUAAGUGCAUUUUAGUGCAGUGUAUUUAGACGAAAUGUUACGUAUAAACAGUAGACUUUUUAUUUUGUUCGGAAAACAGAAGGACUUCUUAAAAUCUGUUUAAAUACGAGAGGAAAAAUAGUGAGGAUGAAGUAGCAAAAUUCAAAGAUGGUCCGCCGGGAGGCGUGACAGGAAUCAAAUCGUCUCCUGAAGUCACGAUAUGGGACUCAUUCCGAGAUUUUUGCCACUUUUGGCAAUAUUAACGCAUUAUAAAAUCAACUGUGAACAGGUUGUCCUUUUGGAUACUACGAGCGAAGAAAAAUUAGAAUGGACUCGGUUUCCAUACGGACCACAAGCCACGACGCCUGGUUGGGUGGAAGAGUCGUUUACGGACUUUGUGAAAGGGAUAAACUGGCGUUCGUACGUCGUGUGCGACGUCGCCUAUGAUAAUGUAAACAAUUGGUUGUGGACGCCGUUCAUAGACCGGGGCGUCGCCAAUCGCAUAUAUAUCGAAAUCAAGUUUACCAUCAGGGACUGCAGUCUGUUUCCAGGCAACGCGCUCUCGUGCAAGGAAACUUUUAGCUUACUUUAUUACGAAUUCGAUGCCGCUACAAGGGAGCCACCCCCUUGGGAGACCGAUAGUUACAAAUUAGUAGCCCGUAUCGCAGCUGGCGAGGGCCGUUUUAAUUCCAAUAGCGAGGUUAACAUCAAUUCCGAAGUUAGAAGCAUCCCCGUAACGAAAAAGGGAGUGUAUAUCGCUUUCAUGGACCAAGGAGCUUGCAUAUCGCUCUUAGCAAUUAAGAUUUAUUACAUAACAUGUCCAGAGACCACGAUAAAUUUCGCCCAUUUCAACGCCACCCCCACCGGCAAGGAAGCCACAGUGAUAGUGUUGGCGAAGGGGGUGUGCGUAAAAAAUGCAGAAGUGGACGACAUUGCCCCCUCGUACGUGUGCAAGGGGGACGGAAAAUGGUCUUUGCCCACCGGCGGAUGCAAAUGCAAAGCGGGAUUUCAGCCCGACGUCGAAAAACAAGCCUGCAACAUUUGUCCGAUCGGAAAAUACAAAGAUAAAGCGGGCGACGGGGAGUGCAAAUCCUGUCCGGAAUAUUCCAAAGCAAUCAAGAACGGUUCCGUCGAGUGUAAAUGCAACGAUGGGUAUUUCAGGGCACCUAAAGACCCCAAAGAUAUGCCGUGUACACAGCCCCCGUCAGCGCCGCAAAAUUUGACUCUAAAUUUCGUCGACCAGUCUAUGGUCACGUUAAGUUGGAGUCCGCCCCAAUAUCUGGGGGGCAGGACUGAUAUCUAUUACAGGAUCAAGUGCGACGCGUGUAGUUCAGGCGCCGUCCAAUACAUUCCCAGUGCUGAAAUUUUCAACGAUACCAGGGUAACAAUCAGCGGACUGAACGCUCUGACUUCGUACGGGUUCCAAGUGUACGCAGAGAACGGCGUUUCUCACUUGAGUUCCGCGAAAACCCCGCCGAAAUUCGCGAACAUCGUCGUCACCACGGAAGCGUCCGUGGCCAACAGUAUACCGAACGUCCGCGUAACUUCCGUGAAAAGUACCGAGAUCGGUCUCGCGUGGGACGCGCCUUCUUUCGACGGAAACGACCACGAACCGGUGGAACUGUACGAGGUCCGUUAUUCGGCCAGAGGCGACGCGGAUUACAGCAACGUUUCGUCCAUUUAUACAUCGGAACAAUCGACAACCAUCACGGGUCUACAACAACGAACAGAGUAUGGUAUUCAAGUCCGAGCCAAAAGCCACAAGGGAUGGGGUAACUAUUCUCCCGUCAUCCUGAAAACCACCGGUCAAGUUUUGAACACAGCCUACAUAGGGGACGAAGAGGGGCUUCAUCUGAGGUUCAUGGCCGGCGGUAUUGUGGUCAUCGUGGUCAUCUUGGUCGCCGUGAUCGUUUUGACGGUGGUCUUCUUGCGUUCGAGGGCUAACGAUGAGUGCAACAAGAAACAGCCGAGCGACUGUGAUACAUUAGAAUAUAGAAACGGCGAAGUGCACCAUAGCCUGGAUAACCCCCCUAUCGUUACAACGCAUACCAAUGUGACCACGCCACUGUUCGCGCCUAUCGGGGGUGCGUCCCGGACCUACAUCGACCCCCACACUUAUGAAGACCCCAACCAAGCCGUCCGCGAAUUCGCCAGAGAAAUUGACGCAAGUUGUAUCACAAUCGAAGCCAUUAUUGGGGGUGGCGAGUUUGGGGACGUUUGCAAGGGCAAACUCAAAAUCAGCAGCAAUAACGAAAUAGACGUAGCAAUAAAAACACUAAAAGCCGGUUCGCAUGAGAAAGCCAGAAACGAUUUCCUGACCGAGGCGUCCAUCAUGGGUCAGUUCGAACACCCCAACGUCAUUUUCCUCCAGGGCGUUGUCACGAAGUCGAAUCCCGUCAUGAUCAUCACCGAGUAUAUGGAGAACGGAUCUCUGGACACAUUCCUGAGGGCCAACGAUGGUAAAUUCCAAGUGCUCCAGUUGGUGGGGAUGUUGAGGGGCAUAGCGUCCGGGAUGCAGUAUCUGAGCGAGAUGAACUACGUCCACAGGGACCUGGCCGCCAGGAACGUUUUAGUUAACUCUCAACUAGUUUGUAAGAUAGCGGACUUCGGCCUAAGUAGAGAAAUUGAAAGCGCAACGGAAGGAGCCUACACGACAAGGGGCGGCAAGAUUCCGGUAAGGUGGACGGCACCGGAAGCGAUAGCCUUCCGGAAAUUCACCUCCGCCAGCGACGUGUGGUCCAUGGGAAUCGUCUGUUGGGAGGUGAUGUCCUACGGCGAGAGACCCUACUGGAACUGGUCGAACCAGGACGUCAUAAAAAGCAUAGAGAAGGGAUACAGGUUGCCUGCACCUAUGGACUGCCCCGAAGCAAUAUACCAGUUGAUGCUGGAUUGUUGGCAGAAGGAAAGGACCCACAGGCCUUCCUUCCAGUCGAUCGUGAAAACGUUAGACAAACUUAUAAGAGUCCCCGAUACGUUGAGAAAAAUCGCCCAGAACCGACGCCAGCCGCCGCUUAAUCCCUAUUUUUGGCCCAAUUCAAAACUAGUUAACGAAAUGCAAGACGUGUCUCUCGCCCAGUUGCCCCCCUCUAGUAUUUUUCCAAAUCAAAAUUACGGCGAUUUUCCGACGUUCGGGACAUUUUUCGUGCCGUUAGAGCCGGUUGCACGUCCCGAUUUUCGACCGUCGUCGGGGGGCAGUUUGUUGCAAUUAUGCCCCCCCAUAUACACCACCAGUAGCAGUUCGAAUUUUUUGAAUAAUUUCACUACUAACAUUUGCGAUGAUCAGUCGUCGUCCGGUACGAGAAAUUGGUUGGAAAAUAAUUUAAAUAACGGUGGUGGUUUUAAGUUCGACAAUUUUCGAUUUUCGGACAUGUCGCGCGAAGAAAAUAACGAGGACCUCGUCGGGGGUGGCAACGGCGAAUGGGGGCGGGAGACAGGGGGCCAAGAAGACACAGUCACAAGCCAGUGGUCGUCAACAGACACUGAGAAUUGUGCAAAGACUGGGGCGUGGGUCAAUUUUAACAACUUGUCGAACAACCCCCUUGCUGCAGACGCCCCCGACCUGACCAACUUCACAUCGGUGGAGGAGUGGCUGAACUCGAUCAAAAUGACGAGGUACGUGGACAACUUCCACACGGGAGGCAUCAACACCAUGGAAGCGGUGGUGAACCUGACGGUCAAAGAUCUGACCGAGUUGGGCAUCACCCUCGUAGGUCACCAGAAGAAGAUCAUGAACAGCGUCCAGAGUAUACGAGCCCAGAUUCGGGUCAACGGUCCUGAAGGGUUCCUAGUCUAAAACGACGCAAAACAGACAUCAAAGGUAAGCCGUCAGUAAUCGUCGGAAAUGGGAAGUUUCAUUUCGUUUGUUCUGUUCUUCUUCUUGUUAUUGUUUGUUGUUUUGUGUGUGUGGACCGGAACCGUGAAAGAACACUCAUCAGUAGAUAAUACAUAAUAAUUUUUCUCCGUCUUAAUUGAUUUCGGCAGCUUUUUAACUAAUUAUUUUUUUUUGUUUGUUUUAUAAUUACGACAUUUUAUUCGUGAUUCAUGAUAAAGAGAUCAGAACGAAAGAAAAUCUGUCCGUGUGUUUUUUUUCUUGUUCUUUCGAUUUCAUAAGGGCUAUCGUGCUACUACGUAUCGUAUGACGUGCGCAGGGUCUCGUUGUGAUCUCCUUUUUAUUUUGUUUUUUCCAAAUUUGUGUUCUUUUUUUUCCACGUCUCUAUUAUUCACAAAUAGCGUCAGGACUAUAGGGGAGAUGCCGAGUACCUGCGCGCUCAUACCAAGUAAAGACUGCACUUUUGUUACACAGAUAUCGUCUAUCACAUAUUUUUAACGAAAUAAUACAUAAUUAAUUAAUAAAAAAUAAAAAGAAAUGAAAAGUAAUAAGCAAGCUUAUAUACGAUUUGUUAUAAUCUGAGAUUUAUAAUGUGAUUUUUACUGUACGUACGUAAGUAAGGGUUAGUUUUUAAGUAUUUAUGAGAAACGCGAUUUAGGGAUUAAUUAGACGUGUGCUAUCGUCUCCCACACCCCUUCAAUCCUUCUUUCUAUAAUCAUUUUCUCUUUCAUUUAUCAUCGUCAUUUCGAACUAACUAACAGCGAGUGCAGAAUAGCAAAAGAUUUUUACGCGUUUUUUGUUGCUUUUUUUGAAAAUUAUUAAUAUAAUGAUAUGAUAGGAAGAAAGGCCUGCCAUUUUUCGGGAGGGCGUAAAAUGAGAACGAAGAAAGUUCGACAUUAGAAUUUGUUGUAUGCUGAUAAACGUAAUUGAAAAUAAUUUCUCCUUUUGGCUAUGUAAAAUCAGUGAACAAUCUUCGGUCUCCAAUUUACGUACUCCCCUUGAUAACAGUUUGUCGUCCUCCAACUCCAUGUAAUUUGUAGGAAAUAAAAAGUCGUCUGAACACCAAUAAUAAAAUUAUUAAUUAUGUAAAAUACCUUGUAGUAAAUGUAUGUCGUAUUUUUCUCAAUUCUUUUUAAGUUCAAAUAUCAAAUUACAAAUCUAAUAAUUCCUUUUUCUAUCUCAAAAGCAAAGUGACCGUUCAACUAGUUCAUAGAAACCUAAUUUCGAUUUGAUUUAAUUAGUUAAAAAAGAGUAUCUUACGAGAAAAAUGUCCAAGGCUGUUUGUCACAUAUUUAUUCUAAAAGUAAGAUUUUUAAGAAUAGCAAUAAUAAACGUUGGUCCCCAAUUUUAAGUGUGUCUGAAGUGUACAAUCGGUAUAAAUUCACUAGGAUGUAACACAUUGUAAAUGUACUUAACUUUAAUGCUCAAGCCUAAUAAUGUUUGUUUUUUUUUUUUUUUUAUAUUGUGUUGAUUAUAAUAUAUAACUUAACUUGUUUUUUUUCUACUUAAUUAUGUGUUACGACUGAUAUAAUUUAAACGAAACAUUUUUUAGAUCGAUUUCACAGUAAUUUCUUAGCCAUUUUCUAUUUAUACAUUAUUAUACCUAAACAUGUACGUUUUUUAUACAUUCCAUGCAACAUUGCCCGUAGAGAAGUGUUCGUUUAAUUAUAAAUUAAUACAAAUGCAAAACAAAACGUAUUAUAAUAUAAUAAUUAAUUUAGUUUUCAAUUGACAAACACUUCUCUCCUCAAACUUUGACUUGCCUAACUGUAUAUGAUUAAUAUUGAUCCCAAACGAAAACUGAACGUUUGGAACGAUAAAAUUUAUACGAUUUUAAAUGAACAUUCAGCUUUCGAUUGGGUUUUGCUAAUUUUUUAAACUUCCGCAUAAUGUCAGUGUAAAGAUGUAAUAUAUUUGUAAAGAAAAGUAUUAAUUAUUCAUUAAAACAGUAGUUAAUGUGUCUCGUUUAUUUUCCCUACACGUGCGACGAGAGAGAGAGAGAGAGAGAGAGGGUAGAAGAAUUACAUACGAACCGAUUCACCCCCCCAUCGUGGGGGUCGAUCGAAAGACAGACAUCAAUAGUUCGUAGACGAAGUUGAACCUCAACUAUCAGAACCCAGUCCAAUUACUCCAAAGUCAUCAAGGAAAU